AUUGGUUAACUUUAACUAGCUAUGACAAUCGGUUUGUAUUGCUAGUUAAAACUUUGUUGUUAACUAGCCAGCUGAUGUUAGAUGGCUGGCUAGCUACAGUAGCUAACAUUACCUGUAUGAGCUGUGUGUAGUGAUGAUAAUGCUGAAGUAUUUGUAUCUGGAAUUUCUUUCAGCAUUAAUCAGUAGAACACGCCUGACUCUAAUCCACCAGUCAUACAGUCAUCAAAAGAGAGCUGCCUACAUGCACAAUUUCUUCAACUAUGGAGUUGGGAAAACACAUGUGGACCUGAAUUGUGAUAACUGCAGUGGCCAAAACAUUAAGUUUGUUCUCUGGUAUUGUGCCUGGUGGACCAUGCAUAAGCUAUUAUUAUAUUAUAUGUAUAUACUGUACUCUAUACCAUCUACUGUAUCUUGCCUAUGCCGUUCGGCCAUCGCUCAUCCAUAUAUUUUUAUGUACAUUUUCUCAUUCUUCCUUCACACUUGUGUGUGUAUAAUGUAGUUGUUGUGAAAUUAUUAGAUUAUUUGUUAGAUAUUACUGCAUGAUCAGAACUAGAAGCACAAGCAUUUCGCUACACUCGCAUUAACAUCUGGUAACCAUGUGUACGUGACAAAUACAAUUGAAUUUGAUACCUAGCAGUUUAAACCUGGAGCCUUGAACCGCAGCAUGGUUCACAACAACUAGAUCGUUGUCAUUACACUCAUUAAAUCCAUGAUUAAUGAGUAUUAUGAGGGUAGAUUUAUAGGACUACUGUUCAACCCCUAUUGUUCACUUUGUUUCACCUUCCAAUAUCUCAUGGAUUUAAAACUUUAAUACGGCAGCCUUCAGGAUGAAUAACAUUGAAAGACUUGUAUUUAGUUUUUAAAAAAGGCUUUGUUGAAGCACCUUUGGCAGUGAUACCAGCCUUGAGCCUUCUUGGGUAUGACGCUACAAGCUUAGCACACCUGUAUUUGGGGAGUUUCUCCCAUUCUUCUCUGCAGAUCCUCUCAUGCUCUGUCAGGUUGGAUGAGGAGCGUCGCUGCACAGCUAUUUUCAGGUCUCUCCAGAGAUAUUCGAUCGGGUUCAACUUUCAGGAUGAAUAACAUUGAAAGACAUGUAUUUAGCGUGCAAGUGAACAUCACUUGCAAAGCCCAUUAAGCACCUGCAUAAGGUAAGUCUGAAUACAAACUACUGAGAAGUGUGUCGGAAAGGCGUGCGCAGGAAAGGCGUACUUUCCUAAGUCUGAACGGGCCCUACAUGAUCGAGGGAUACUACAGUGUUUAGUAUAGUAUUCUACAACAUUCUAAAGUAAGUACUACCCAUGAUCAAGGGAUUGUUCAGUGUGUUGUAUAGUAUUCUACAAAAGUCUAUAGUAAGCACUACACAAUCUUAGGUAUAUUACAGUGUAGAGUACUUGUUUUUACAGUAUACUACCAUGUACUAUAGUUUACUACAGAAUUCUAAAUUAAUAUACUCUUCUAUAGUAAACUGUAAUAUCUUUUUAUGUCGGCGCCCCUGCACUGGCCGAGGAGAAGAUAUUCACUAUCAAAGAAAAUAGCCCCUCAUAUAACUAUAUAGAAUCCAUCCAACGCCACACCCCUUGCAGGUACAGAGUACACGCACAAUCAAUUCUCAUUUCUAUAACCCUAAACACUUCUAGAGAAACGUUAGUGAACUCUGAUACUCUGCUGCACUCCAUCUGUUAGUGUGUCAGCACCAAAAUGGCAACAUCCAUGGAUUCGAUCAGUUGUUCGAUCUGCCUGGAUCCACUGAAGGAUCCUGUGGCUAUUCCCUGUGGACACAGCUACUGUAUGGGUUGUAUUAAGGAUUACUGGGAUCAGGAUUACCAGAAGGGUGUCUACAGCUGCCCACAGUGCAGACAGACUUUCAUUCCAAGGCCUGUUCUAAACACAAACACUUUGCUGGCUGAAUUGGUGGAGAGUCUAAAGAAAACAGGGCUUCAAGCUGCUCCUCCUGCUCACUGUUAUGCUGGACCUGGAGAUGUGGAGUGUGACGUCUGCACUGGGAGAAAACUCAAAGCCGUCAAGUCCUGUCUGGAGUGUCUGGCCUCUUACUGUGAGACUCACCUUCAACUUCACUAUGAAUCACCUACAUUUAAGAAGCACAAGCUGGUCAAAGCCUCCACACAGCUACAGGAGAAGAUUUGCUCUCGUCAUGACAAGCUGCUGGAAAUGUACUGCCGUACCGAUCAGCAAAUUAUCUGUUACCUCUGUAUGAUAGGUGAUCAUAAAGGCCACGAUACAGUGUCAGCUGAAUCAGAAAGGGCUGAGAGACAGAGGCAGCAGGGGGACAAACAGAGAAUCCAGAAGAUAGAGAAAGAGAUGCAGACGGUUAGACGUUCUGUGAAGUCACUGAAGCGGUCUGCACAGGCAGCAGUAGAGGAGAGUGAGACGAUCUUUACUGAGCUAAUCUGCACCAUUGAGAGAAGGUGUUCUGAGGUGAAGGAGCUGAUAAAAGCCCAGGAGAAGGCAGCAGUGAGUCAGGCUGAAGGACUUCUGAAGCAAAUGGAGCAGGAGAUAGCCAAGCUGAGGAGGAGAGAUGCUGAGCUGGAGCAGCUUUCACACACAGAGGAUCACAUUCAUUUCCUCCAGACUUUGCAGUCCCUCUGCGUCUCUCCUGGAUCUGAGGCCUUACUGAGCAUCACUGUCAACCAACAUGUCUCUUUUGAGGAUGUGAAGAAAUCAGUGUCUGAGCUGAAAAAUCAAAUAGAAGUUAUCUGCUCUGGGGAAAUUGCCAUGAUCUCUGCGAAAAUGACAAAAGUCCAAAUUGUUCACCCCGUUGAGCCCUGUAGUCUCACGUCAUUCAGCACGCCUGGACUGUUAGUUGGUGAACUAGCGUCAUGUAGAAAUGAUGCCACCUUUCAGAAGAUAAGGCCUGAACCCAAGACCAGAGAAGAGUUCUUGGAAUAUUCCUGCCAGCUCACAUUGGAUCCCAACACAGCUAAUAACUGGCUGUGUCUGUCAGAGGGGAAUAGGAAGGUGACGUGGAGUCCAUGGAGUAAUAAGGCCCAGCCUUAUCCUGACCAUCCAGACAGAUUUUCCACCUAUGAACAAGUCCUAUGUAGAGAGGGUCUGUCUGGAACCUGCUACUGGGAGGUAGAGUGGAGCGCAUUCAAGGCUUAUAUAGCCACCUCCUAUAAAGGGAUUGGCAGAACAGGACGUGGUGAUGAGUGUUGGUUUGGAGGCAAUGAUCAGUCCUGGAGUUUGGUGUGUUGUUCUAUCCUUGGCUGUUAUUUCUACCACAAUAACAAACGGACUGCCAUACAUGUGCCCCGCUCUUCCAGAAUAGUAGGAGUGUACCUGGACCAUAGGGCAGGAACUCUGUCCUUCUACAGCGUCUCUGACACAAUGACCCUCCUCCACAGAGUCCAGACCACAUUUAAUCAGCCCCUCUAUCCUGGGUUCUGGAUUUAUGCUGGAUCAUCUGUAAAGAUACUGAACCAGUGAUAAACUUUGUUGAAAAUACAGGCAUGCUACUGUAUAUGACAUGUUCAACUAUCCAUGUUGCAAGAUUUUAGCGUUUAAAAAAUAUUUGAUCACUCUUCGCAAUGUCAGCGCAUAGUUCUGAUAUCUACCCUAAUAAUCCUCACUAACGGAUUGUGGUGACAAUGGUCCAGUCCUCGUGAACCGUGCUCCAGGUUUAAACGGCUACAUAUGGUUUGCGUUCUAUAAUGAUUCAAAUAGGCUACAUGUCCCAAAUUAUUGAACAACUUGUAAUACGUUAGCCUUAGAAGGUGCCCUAUUGCUAGCGAUCCUCAGGAACAACCACACGAAUGUGACAGAGGAAAGAAAGUUAAACUAACAAUGCAAUGGAAUGAUUCAAAAUGUAAGGUAAUGAACACUAAAGUCAAUGAGAGUUAUAAAUGUAUGUGGGUCUAACUGGCGGUGGUGUCCUAUAGUGGCUAAUAUUUAACACGAUUCAAAUUUUAAAGAACACUGUGAAAAGUCCGGGCAUAUAAUUAAAACAUUCUGGAGAUUCUAAAUCAACUGAUUUGGUGCUGUAGUGUCAUUUGCACAUGGCUACAGAAGGCUAUAGCUUGGGUCUCCAAAUUGCAUCCCAUUAUUAGACCAGUAUUUCAUAAAUGUCACUUUGGAAAAGGUGAUUUGUUGAUAUGCUUCAGUUUGCUGCUGUAUGACUGGUUUCACAUUUGUCUCCAGGGAUCAUAAGGUAAAAUAGGUCUAAAACAAUUGCAAUUUAUGUUUACAAUUCCCUUAUCGAAACCGCUCACCCACUUAUUUACUCUUAUCAAUAGCUCCUAUCAAUUUGUAAAUUAUAGUGAAUGGAGAAUGGUGUUAUUUCUAUCAGAAAACAAAUAAAUGAGAUUUUCCACUUGGAACUGACAGGUUGCUCAACCUUACUCAUAAUUUCAUCACGCGUAUUAUGAGUGCAUUAAGUCAAUUGAUCUGUAGACACACCUCCGACACACCUUUAUUUAUUUUUAAAUCUCCACCCCAAAUGAAUAGCGGGUGAAUGGCAUGCUUUUCUCGUGCUUAAGUUCAAGGUCCGUAUACAUGUAGAGAGAAAAGAGCAUAAAAAGGGAAUUAUUUUCCAUUUACACUGCUUAACUUGGGUAGGAAUUCCCCCUUGGUGAAUAGAAUCCUAGAAUCCUAUUGACUCUUGGAACUAUGACAACCCAGUUCUAUGGUUCCAGUUUACUAUGGAACUAAUCCUAACUAUCACAGAUAUGAUGUAUUUUCACUGAGGUCUAGCUUAAAUUUCACGUUUUAUUUUAGUCUAAAAAAAGACUUCAUGAGAAUUGAUUACAUUGUUGAUUGUAAUAUUUUGGUUUUCGACAAACAGAAAAAUAUACAUACAGAGGGAUGAGUUUCUACACAAAAAUAUAUUGGUGUGUGUGUGUGUGUAGUAUUGCUGUUCUUUUUUUGUGACCAAAUAUUCAUUUUUUUUAUUGGAGGGAGGACUACAUACACAAUACAGAAAUUCAUAUCAUGUAAUAGUGAGCUUGCAUCACAGAACCAAAAAGUAACAAUACAUUUAGUAUGUAAAAAAAAUUAAAUAAUAAUAAUUGUGCCUCCACCCUUUCUGAACGGCUGUGUUAAUCAUUUCAAGUAACAGUGGAACUAAUUGGUUAAAAAAAAUGGUAUAGAUCUCAGUGGCAGUAUGUUAAGGGAAUUUUGAUCAAUGAUGACUAAUUAUGUAUACAUUUUAAUCAGGACUGACUAAUCAGAAUACUAUUAGGUUACUGUAUAUGUAUGAAUUUUCUUUUUAAUCUUAGUACUGAAUAUAAUGUGUGCAAAUAUAAUCAAGAAUUAGAACAAUGACUGUCUGUACCAUGGUAGAAAUGAAUGAACUUAUAGCCAGUCUGGCUAGAAGGCUUAUCUACACAAGCAUGGCCUUGGCUCGGUCAUAUAUUAUCUUAAAUAGGGAGAGACAUGUGAGAACCAUACAGCCAUUGUACUACAGCGGAGAUGACAUGGGCUAGUACUGAAACGAAUGACGUCAUUGUCAGUUUAUAACCUGUGGUAAAAUGUGUAAUGGGCUGUACUCUCGUGAAUAAAAGCUGCUGUUUGACUUUAA